AUGACACAAGGUCUAGCCAGGCAUUUUUCCCGUACCAAGGCUCAUCGCGAUGCGAUGCUCAAGAAUCUGGUAACACAGUUGUUUCAGCACGGUUCUAUCGUGUCGACGCACGAGAAAUGCCAGGAGGCAAGCAGACUCGCAGAGCGAGUGAUCACAAUGGCUAAGAAAGCAGACACGCAACCUCGAUACCUAAGUGAAAUUCAAUCGCGGCUUAUGCUGGCAGGUGACAACAGACACCUUCUACAACGUGUAGUUCGCGAGAUUGCGCCCCGCUACCAGGCGCGGCCCGGAGGCUACACUCGGAUUCUAAAACUGGAGCCCCGACUCGGUGACCGUGCCAAGCAGAGUGUAUUGGAGCUCGUGGACUCUCCCUUGUUCAACUCUUCGGGUGAAUUUCAACGCGGUAACCUCAAACUUUGGCUGCUCUGCAAGACGGUGAUGGCCAACGAGGCGGAGGGCACCCAAUACUCAGAACUUACGCUCACAAAUCUCAAGAAAAUGCUCAAGUUCACCGAUGACGUGGAAUCCUUUUUUACCAAGCAUGUUCUUGCCGUAAAGAAGCUUAUCGCAGAACAAGAGGGUGUUGUGUGGGACAAAGAUCGUCAGUUACAACUCGUAAAAGAGCUCAAACAGCAGGUUGUCGCACAAAUACCUCCCAAACAAGCUGAUAAGGGCUUUGUUUACGUGCAGCAGCGUCCUGAGCGCAACUGA